AUGGCGGCGGUGGAUGCACGUGAGCGUGCCCUUCCUUCGGUGCCGAAGUUCUUGCGGGGUGAGAGUGAUGAAGUGCUCUUUGAUCUUCGCCAACUGAUCAAGGACGUUCGCACAGAGCCUUCCAUCGUGGCCAAAGCCAGAACGGGCUCAGUCAUUGCGUACCCUCAGGAGAAGGGUGACAUGAAUGAGCGAACUAUCAAGGCCAAUCUCGAUCUCCUUGAGGUGUAUUCUACAUAUGUGAAGAAGUACCCUCACCUCUUCCUGAAGUCUGUUCCCUUGCACAGGGUGAUCCUGAAUGACUGUGCACGCUGGUGGAAGAACUAUCUUGAGCCACCUUGUGACUACAAAAUCGCCAAGGUGGAUGGCAAGGCCAUGAAAUCCAUGCUGCUCACCCUUCGCCGCUUGCGCUACCGGGCAGACAGGCAGAGAGAUCUCGAGGAUACGAUAUUUGGUGUGCCAGAGGGUCGGGAUGAUGGAGAGAAUGAUGCAGAGGAGGCCGAAGAAGCUUCGGACGUGGAGGAGGAGGAUGAAGAUUUGGAGGCCUACAUGGACGCCCACGAUGAAGAUUUGGAGGCCUACUCACCAAGUGCUGCAGGCAUCGUGGAAAGGUUCAGCCCUGGGUCUGCUGUGGACCACAGUGACCACAGCGAGAUGGCAGUGGUUGGCGGGCCUGCUGUGGACCACAGCGAGAUGGCAGUGCCUGCCAUGGAGGGCAGGCCUGUGGCGAUCAUUGACUUGGAGGACUCUCCUGGCCCUGCUGUUGCAAGCUCUUCGCGUCUGCCUGCUCCCAGCGUAAGGCCCCAGGAUAUCUUGAAGCGAGUCAAGGAGAGAAUGCAGGUGAAGAGGCAGCCGCCUUGCACUUUGGAUACCCAAGUAAUUCCGGAGGCCGAGAUGGCUGCAGCAGCGCAUCUCCUGAUGCAGAUGCCUUCUUCGGAG